AAUAAUACUAAAGUGUCCGAUAUUGAAGAAUCACAAUGUAUGGAGGAAAAAGCCACUCAGGAAAUGCAAGAAGUCGUCAGCCCAGCUCCACCUCAGCCCCUUCCCAGACGAAGACUAGCAAGCUUUGGAGGACUAAGUUGUCCUGAAUCCUCUUCCCUCUUCACUGGCCUAGGUGCUUAUAAUCAAUUUAAGGAUGGAUACCAGCCAGGAGCAACUGGAAAUCUCCCUGCUUAUAUUGGCUCUUCUGCAGGCAGCACUCAGUCCCUCAAAGUGAGCCCACAGAGCUCUGGGAGAAGCACACCAGUAACCGGGCUGGGCUCUGUGCAGCUGCAGAAUGUCCGUGAGCAGAUGGUAGCAGCAUUACAGAAGCUGAAGGAGCUGGAAGAACAGGUCAAACUCAUCCCUGUUUUAGAAUUGAAGAUUUCAAUUCUUCAAGAAGAUAAGAGGCAACUUUUAUAUGAGCUCAAGAAACACAAAGAUGAAGAUACCAAUCCUGCCUGGAAAAUGGCCAAUAGUCAAGAAAGGUUUGACAUUUCAAUGCAAUAUGUUGAUGACUCAGUCCAAAAGAAGAACAUUCAAUUAGGAGAGUCUAAGGAACUACCUGAAAAGGUACAGUCAGUGGAGCAACAAUACAAGCCUGAUCUUUUGCAUGCAUGGCAAAGAAAUUCAUAUUUAUGUGACAAAAUUACAAGGUCUGUAGCAACUGGUACUGAUAAAGAAAGGGAUUUUGUAUGUUGUGAGCAUCAUUGUCAAAGCAGUGAAAAACAGAUGAGGUCUAUUGCAAUUGAUGUUACUGAAAACAACCUUGGAAUUAACUCACAGAGAGAUGAUGAGAUUUUAGCUCAACAAGAAAUUAUUUAUUCUUUAAAAGAUAGAAUUGGUUAUUUGGAAGCAGAGCUCAAAGAAUCCACUCUUCAAAUAGAGAUGAACCGAUUAAAAUUAGAACUCCAAGCAGCAGAAGAAAGAAAUAAUAAGAAAAUGAACAAAGCUUCCAGUGCUUCACCAUCUACGGUGAACACAAGUAUAGAGGCCAGACCAUCCACAAAAAGCCAAGCAGUGGGGAAUCACGUGACAGUUUGUGACGCUAGCACAGGGGAAGUGACAGAGAUGAAAAGUGUGGGAAUAUCGUGUUGCAGGAUGAUUCUGCAAAAUGUACGUUCUGGACCAACCGUUCAGUGGGUAGCUAGAGAAAUGGUUGACACAGCAGAUAAGAACACAGGGUUCCAGAUUUUGGCAACAUCACAAGGAGUUGGAACAUGCAUAAAUCUUUGUGAUACAGGAACCAACACAGACAAACAUUGGUCGGACAGCGGGGUAUCUUCAGUUAAUGUGAAUUUUUCUAGAGAUCAUUGCAUUGAUCAGGGUGUCAUGGCUUCUGCUGAGACAGCUUCUCAACAUACUAACACAGUGCGCAAUUUAGUAUCCCGCUUUACAAACACCAAACAAGCAUUCAACACAGACUCAAUCACUAACACUGUAAUCAAAAGCCAGGACAAGCAUACAAAUACUCCCACAACGGUCACAAGGACAGUAUCUGUGGGAAGCAGGGUCCAAGACAUCCAGGCUCCUCUGCAGACUCGCACAAUCGGUGUGGGCACCACUCAUGUUUUUGACAGUGAAACAUUGCAGCCAAACUUAGUCGGCAAGGUAACACGAGAUGCUAGUGUGGGCUUUAUAAAUAUUAAUGAGAAUUUUCUGAUUGGAAUAAAAACCCGGAAUAUGGCAUCUGGACCAUCACAUUUACCUGAUCCUUUAAAAACAAGGAGCAUUGGUGUUGGAGAGGGAAAGAUAUUGGAUUCCCCACCCAAAGAAAGCAGAGAAAUCAUGGCAAAUCAAUCAUUAAAAGAUACUGAACUGAAUUACUAUAUUGAAGCGAUGCAGCGAUUUCUCACAGAGCACAAAGACUUGCUCAAAGAAGAGAAGACGUGUAUUUCAAACCAACAUAAAUCUAGCCAGAGGAAUGCCAGCCCCACCCAGCUCUGCAAAAUCAUUCAAGAGAGGAAUGACGGGACUGCUUCGGAUACAUCAGAGACAACACACAAAGAAUUCCAAGUGAUGGGUGCAGAUGAUGACACUUUCACCGGUGCUAAACCAAAUGAGGUGAAAAGAAUGAUACAAAUGUUAGAGCAGCAGACAUCAUCGACUCUGCAAGACAAGGCAAUGCAAGGCACUAACCCAUGGUCUGUAUGUAAGAAGAAGAACAGUGACCAAAGUUGCAGUACCUCCAGAAAGAACAUGCGGCUAAUGGGGGUGACCACAGGAUUGGAGCCACUUUCACCAAAUAUUACCAGUGACACUGGGACAGCUACAGUACACGCAAACAAAGCUGCAAUUAUUAAGACCAAUAAUGAAGGAUCAAAGGAAAAAAAAUACAACAAACAUUUGUCGAGCAAACGGCCAAAAGGAUCAGCUAAAUCAUCUUUACAAGAAAGUUGUAGGUUUAAAUUAAGUGAAAAAAUGCUGUCUGCCUGCCAAAACCUAAAGAUACACCUAUCUGAUGGUACAGAGAAAAGAACUAUGGAUUUUGUAAACGCUAUUCAAACGCUUAAACAAGAAUGGUUUAACAUAUCCAGCCAGAAGUCUGCUGCCCCUCAUGCAGUAGAGAUUUACCUCUCUGCUUUUCAAGAUUUUUCACCCUUGGUGCUGCAGUAUGUGGUCAAUAUGGCUGACAGCAAUGGAAACACAGCUCUGCACUACUGUGUGUCAUACUCCAACUUUGGGGUUGUCAAGAAAUUACUUAAAACAGAUGUGUGUAAUGUAAAUCAGCAGAAUAAAGCAGGUUACACUCCCAUAAUGCUGGCAGCACUUGCACAGGUGUCCUCUCCUGAGCACAUGAGUAUUGUGAAGGAGCUUUUCUCUAAAGGAGAUGUCAAUGCUAAGGCCAGUCAGGCCGGGCAAACAGCGCUGAUGCUCGCGGUGAGCCAUGGGAAUUUGGAAAUGGUGCAAGCGUUACUGGAGCAGGGGGCAGAGGUCAACCUGCAGGAUGAUGAGGGCUCCACAGCACUGAUGUGUGCCAGUGAACACGGCCAUAAAGAAAUAGUGAAAUUUCUGCUGCAGCAACCCAACUGUGAUGCUACCCUUACAGACAGUGAUGAAAGCACUGCCUUGUCUAUUGCAUUAGAGGGAGGUCAUAAAGAGAUAGCAAUGCUUCUUUAUGCGCACGCUAAUUUCUCCAAAGGAAACACUGGGACAUCUGUUGAUCCCACCCCACCUUCAUCCCCAGGCAGAAGAAAAUAGGUAUUUGAAUGGAGAUGUACAUGACACCUGAAGGCUCUAUGUUAUUAUAGUUUUUUUCAUUUUGGCACAUUUUCUGAAAUUAUCUUUUGUACAAUUUGCAAACCUAUUCACAUUUUUGUAACACUUUCUAGUACUUCUAGCCUAACUAGAGCAUCCCUCCAUAUUGUGAUUCCUGUGUUAUGUUGUGCCCCCUAUGUCUUUGGCCAGUCUUUGAUAAAAUUGUAGGGUUUUGGUGAGUCUGAUGUUGAAACAUAAAAAGAGAGUGUACAGUGGCAAGCUGGGUAAAGACUAUCAGUGUGUUAGGCAUGUGUUUUGAUAUUGAGAUGAGUGUAAGGUUGAAAAAUUGAUA